AUGCAGAAUACGAGCUUUGGAUGGGUAGUUUCUGGAGAUGGUUGCACCACAGACAAACCUCGUGUGACCGCUUCACCAGCGGUCUCUAGCCUCCCGAGCUACACUUGCCACUCUCGCGUGGCUGAGAAGGUUGAGCUGCAGAACCUGAACGAUCGUCUGGCUACCUAUAUUGUCCGUGUGCAUAACUUGGAGACAGAAAAUUCCUGCCUCAGCAUUGAGGUGCAGACCACCAGAGACGCGAUCACCCACAAGACGACCAAUAUGAAGAACAUGUUCGAGGCUAAGCUGCUGGAGACGCGUCGUCUUCUAGAUGAUACGGUCAGGGAUCGUGCCCAUAGCGAGAUGGAUAACAAGCGUCUGUGGAAGGAGAACGAGGAGCUUAAGAACCUUCUGGAAAAGAACACUCGCGAGCAUGAAGAGAGUACCAAGGACAUCGAGGUCUCACUGGAUUUGGAAAUCGCUGCCUACGACAUGGACUACUAUAUGUCAGCUAGUGCCAAAGGCAAUGUGGAGAAUAAGCAGUUCUCUCCCGAGGCCAAGUUUGUAAAGCAUAAGGGAACAAUAAGGACAACGAUGAGAUGGCCAUUGGAGACUGGCAAUUGCAGCGUUUUGAUCAACGAAGGCGGUCUUUCGAGGCGUACGGUGUCUAGGCUGUGUCUGCUGCCCCUCAAGGAUUCUGUUGACGGUCUGGAGCUGACGCCGCUGGAUCUGCUGCUGCAAGCGGGGAGGGGAUGCUACGGAGACGAGCAGAAGUGA